AUGCACGCACCUCGAAGCAUCUGCUCAAGAUGCGCCUCGCAGAUCCACGCACUGCAAACGCGGCGUCUCGGCGGCACGGCGCUGUUUGCCUCUUUGAGCGACGCUGCAAGUCCCUCUAACGCUGCAUCAAACUCACCAUCAAACGCAACAUCGGGAAGAUCAGCAACUCAUGGUAAGCAUGACGAGGCAUCUGGACAAAAGCCUCGCAUCUUCCAUGGAGGUUCUGGCUUCGCAAAGAAGGGACCCCUCAGAGCCUCAGAAGACUCUGCCAUCGCUCUCUUCAAAGACGUAGUCAGCCCAGAGACAAAAACAGCAACACCGCAAUCUUCUCCCCUCGGGGAAUUGGAGAUUGCAGCAAAAAUCAAGGAACUAUCUAACAAGAAGAUCGAUGCCCUUGAAAAGCUACGGAUUUUCAAGGAAACCAUCUCGCCACACUUAAAGGGUUACUACGGACAAAUGCCGAAGCAUUUACUCCUCUCCGCCACCCAGUUCUUGGAAAAGACGUGUGAUGAAGUUGCCGAGCGUGGCUAUACUGGCCACAGCAUCGAGCUGUCCCAGCUCUACAGCAGCCUAGGAAAGACCGAUCUCGAUAUCAGGAAUCAGCUCGUCCUCAACCUCUGCUAUGCUAUCAUCUUUGAGAAGCGAGACUCAGCAGACCGCGCUAAGCUGAUGCAUGAACUCACCGGCUUGUGGAAACACAUUUCCCAGCUUCGACGCAGGAGCCAGGAGCAUGAGCCACUCAAGUUUUCUUUUCCCUUGAUUCAAGAUGUUCGACGAGACAUUGCCGAUGGUAAGGCGACCAGGACGCACCUUCAUCCCACCACAAGGUCAUUGGCUGCUCUAUUCCUUCAAUUCAACCCGGAUCAGGCCCGCGACAUCAUUCCGGGCCUCUUGACUACCAUUGCUGUUCUCUCAGAUCCAAGAUUUGUCAGAUCCGGAACGUACAAAGUCAUGGCCCCUCUCUUGAAUCUACUGGCUGUAGCGCUUGGCAACAAAGAGGGUGUGCCAGACUCUUACGUCUCUGGAGUAUUCAGUGAUCGUAUUCGGUUUCCCUCGAAAAAGCUCUCUGAGGUCGAGUCCUAUGUAGUCCAGCAGUGGCCUCACGCAAUGGAGAUGCUGCAGAAAGAAGACGCACCGUGGCGUUCAGACUCCUCGCCCAUCUUCAAUGCCCUCCACAAGCAGCUCCGGCAAGCAUACCACGCCCGCGACAAUGGCGCCGUGUACUCAAUCUGGCAGGACCUUAAGAGCCGUCUAGAACAGAAGCCGGGGCUCGCAAAGCAGCUGCGUAACAACGCUGAAUUCCUUGAUUUCUGGGUUUUCGUCUGGUGCGCGUUCCGCCGCCCUAGACAUUUGCAGGAGACGUUCGAUCUGAUGCAGCGACUGCAGAUACACCCUACCAUCAAGACCUACACGGGCAUGAUGCACGGCUGGAAGAUAUGCAAGGAUACUGAUAAGAUUGAGGCUCUUUGGACAAAGCUAGCUGGCUCCGGCAUGAAGCUUGAUACCGUCAUCUGGACAGAGCGCAUCUCCAGCCUUAUCGAAGCAGGAAAGCCUCAAGCCGGAAUAGAGGCGCUCGCAGAAAUGCUCGCUCAAUGGAAGGAGGCGGUCCAGAAGAAUGCUCCGCACACAGCGGCGCAGCCCACCAUUGAGGCCGUCAACGCGGCUUUCAAGGGCCUCAUCCAGGUCGACCGCAAAGCCGCCUUUGACGUGCUCAAAUGGGCGGGCCGCGAGCAGAUCGAGCCCAAUGUCCGCACAUACAACAUCAUUAUUCGCCAGAGCUUCCGCGAUGGUUCGCCUGAUGAAGUACAGAACUUGCUAAAAGUGAUGUCUCAGAACAACAUCGAGCCGGACUCUGCUACAUUCACCAUCAUCCUCGAAGAAGUCAUCGGCGGCAUGGGUCCCGCCCCAGCAGCCGACCAAGUCGAAGCCGUCCACCUCGUCUUCCAAGACAUCGAAAAGGCCGGCCUUCGACCAAACCAGGAAACCUACGGCAAGAUGCUCUACGCCGUCUCGUCUCUCGCCAACGGCACCGACGAGGCCAUCGACGCCGUGCUGAAGCACAUGCGCCAGGACGACUUCAAAGUCACCCCCCACAUGGUCACCAUCCUCAUCGAGCGCGCCCUCAGCCGCGACCCGCCCAACAUGAAGGACAUUGACACCCUCCUCCACGAGCACGGCUUCUCCCACGUCGGCGUCGGCGACCAGACCCUCUGGGAGCGCGUCAUGAGCGCCAACGCCAUCACCGGCAACACGGACCGCGCUAUGGCCGUCUUUGAGGACCUGCGCAAGGCCGGAAGGCCGGUGACGUCGCUGCCGUGCCUGACAGAUCUGCUGUGGGCGCUGCUGGCGAGCGAGAAGCGCGAUGAGGCAAGGCGGGUGGUGGAUGUGGUGCUGGAGUACAAGACUAAGGAUAGGGACUGGGAGGGAGAGUCCAAGGAUAACAGGUACUGGAAACAUCAUUUCUGGUUUUUGGCAGAGGAGAGGGGAUUGCUCGAGGGGAGAGAGGUGCCGGAUGUGUUGAGGGCGAAUCUGCGUGGAUGA